AUGUCGUUUGAAAAGGUCGAGCCGUCGCAGGCUCAGAUCGAGGCCUGUUCCGGCUCUGCCAAGUCUCGCAGUGCCCGCGAUGUCGCUGCCGACGAGGCCCAGCAGGUGGAAGUCAACCUCACGGUCCGCGAUGCCCUCCGAUACUACAAAAAGGCCAUUGCAUGGUCGCUCGCCAUGUCCAUGUCCACCGUCAUGGAGUCAUACGACCUUCUCCUCAUCAACUCCUUCUUCGCGUUCCCCGUGUUCAACCAGCGGUACGGGGAGCUGCUGCCGGACGGCUCGUACCAAGUCCCUGCGCAGUGGCAGGUUGCCCUGACGGUGGUCGUAAACAUUGGCAUGAUCAUCGGUGUCUUCCUCAACGGGUACGUGGCCGACAGGUUCGGCCUGCGGUGGACCAUGCUUGGCUCGCACAUGACCCUAGCGGCCACCGUCUUCAUUAACUUCUUCGCCCCCAGCGUCGAGGUUCUCACCGUAGGAACUCUCCUCCUGUCCAUCCCGUGCGGCAUCUUCGCCGCCGCCACGCCUUCGUACGCUGCGUCUGUUGCCCCCCUCAAGCUGACGGGCUACCUCACCGUCUACGUCAACCUCUGCUGGGUCAUGGGCAAGAUGAUCGCCUUUGGCGUCCUCCGCGGCAUGCUGAACCGCACAGACGAGUGGGCGUACCGGAUACCGUUUGCGCUGCAGUGGAUGUGGAUUCCGUUCCUCAUCCCGGCCACCUACUUCGCGCCCGAGUCGCCGUGGUGGCUCGUCAAGCGAGGACGUUUCGACGAGGCCGAAAAGAACAUCCGACGCCUGUGCUCCGCUCCCGAGACCGUCAUCAACCCCAAGAACCACCUGGCCAUGAUGAUGCGGACCGUCCAGACAGAGCGGGACAUGAACAUUCACGGCAGCUUUCUCGAGUGCUUCAAGGGCGAGAACCUUCGUCGCACCGAAAUCGCCGUCGUCAGCUGGGGCUGCCAGAUCCUGCCUGGGUUCGCCAUCCAGAACUACAUCACCUACUUCUUCACUCUGGCCGGCCUCUCUCCCACAGACGCAUUCAACAUGUCGCUCGGCAACGCUGGCCUGGCCUUUGUCGGGACAGUCUUGUCCUGGCUCAUGAUGACAAAGUUCGGCUGGAGGACGCUCUACCUCGGUGGCCUCGUCGUCAUGUUCCCUCUCAUGAGCCUGGUCGGCUUCCUGGACUUGGCCGUCGACGCGAACCCCAAUAUUCGCUGGGGCCAAUGCGCCCUCCUCCUGGCAUGGUUCUUCUGUUACGGCAUUAGCAUCGGCCCCACGCCGUACGGCAUUGCCGCGUCCGUCGGCGCUGCCAAUCUCCGUGUCAAGACAAUCUCACUCGGCCGCAACAUGUACUACGUCCUGUCCAUCAUCAACGUCGUCGUGUCGCCGUACCUGCUCAACCCGGGCGAGGCGAACCUGCAGGGCAAGGCGGCGUUUCCGGCGGCGGCCCUCACGGCCUGUAUGAUUGUCUGGACCUAUUUCCGGCUGCCGGAGAUCAAGGGCAUGACGGCGGACACGUUGGACCAAUUGUUCCAUACCAAGGUGUCGGCGCGCAAAUUUGCGCAGGCUGCCAAGGACUACCAGUAG